GAAGAAGAAAGAGGCGCGAUUACAAAAUGAGAAGAGAGGUGAACGUACGUUCGAUCAACUCAACUGGGGAAAAGCGGUGCCAUCUUCUAAACCUAUGUCCGCGAGCUCGUCUUUAGCUACAAAUCCUAUUACAAAAGAAGAUAACCUUCCGAUUGAACCAAGUAAUAGCAGAUCGGACAAUAAAGUUGAUUCAGGUGAGAACAACGCAUUUGAAAUCAAUGUCAAUGAAGCUACUUCUGAAGAAGCAAUAACUGUCGCCGGAAGUAGUUGCGACGAUUAUUCAAAUUGUAAAGUUACUGAGUCGACUAUUUGUCUAGCUCUGACUUCGACAGAUGUACUAAUGCACGAUAAGACGAGCGAGGAAUCGUCAACCGAUGAAUAUCCUGAAUCAUCUGCAGAUAAUGGCGAGUCAGUAAAUGUUACGAGUACUGAAUCCACGGUUCAAAUUACUGAAAUUAGCAAUGAUGUAGGAAGUUGGAGAAGUCUUUCUGCCAGUGAGAGGGACUCUUGUCAAAAUGGGACCGCAACUACCACCAAGGAUCUUACCAAAAGAUAGCAAGAGCAGAUCAUUUCCGAUGAGCAUAUUUUCAAAAGUUAUGCCCAGUGGCGAAACAGUGGCAAGAGAUUGGCUUGUAUGGAGUGAAACGACACAAAACCUUUUCUGUUUCUGUUGUUGCUUAUUCGCGAGAAAAUCUGCAUCGGCAACGCAAUCUGAAUUUAGUCAUCCACAAUUAGGCUGCAAUGAUAACUGGCGAAAACUGUAUGAGAAAACUCAGUCUCAUGAAAAAAGUUUCUCACAUGUUUCUAACUAUAUGAAAUGGAGAGAUCUUGUUUUAUCUUUGGAGAUGUGCAAAGGAGUCGAUAGCUUGCAACAACACAAGCUCGUCAAAGAGAAAGAAAGAUGGUGUGAAAUAGUGAAAAGUUUACUUCAAGUGACACUUCACUUGGCCGAAAGAAAUCUUCCGUUCAGGGGUUCGAACAGAAAAUGGUCUAUUUCUAGGAAGCUUGGAACUCAUUGCUAAUCAUGAUUCGACCAUUCAAAAUCAUUUGGACACAGUCAGAAAACAUCAGCAACAAGGAGAACGUAUGCAAGCACACUAUUUAUCUUGGUAAAGUCAAAACGAGUUCAUAACCCUUUGUGCCAAGAAGGUCCUCACUGAAAUUCUAACGGAGAUAGAGAAGUCAUAUUAUUAUGGUCUCAUUGUUGAUGGAAGGGAGUUCAAGCCUUAAUCUUGGAGAAAAUCAUAUAGUAACUAACAACUUACUGUGGACGUCACACAACAAACAACAAAGUGUCCAGUGAGCAUGGAGAACGAAAUUGUUAAUUCAAAUUAUCUAUUUCUGAAUUUAAACAAUAUGUUACAAGUUUUGUUUACUAUCUACAUACAUGCCAUUAAUGCCACGAAUCAAUGCAUCAGAUAAAUUAUGGGAGGCAGUUUGACAUGCUUAUUUCCAAUUUCCGCAAGCAAUAUUCGCCCCAUGCAGUGCUCAUACUUUAAAUUUAUGUGGUGUUCAUGCAGCAGAAGUUGCUCCCGAAAUCAAAAGUUUCUUCAGGAAUGUUCAAAGGCUUUACAAUUUAUUUUCUGGCAGUCCUGCUCGCUGGAAAAUUCUCAAAGAAACAGCUGGUGUAUCGCUGCAUGGCCUAUCGGACACAAGGUGGAGUGCAAGAAUAGAUGCCGUACAUGCUUUAGUGAAGAAUCACAUCAAACUGCUCGAGGUCCUUUCUCAAAUUCAAACAGACCUUGAUUUGACCGAUUUGGGCUACAGUGAUGCUGAAAUUCUACUUGUAUGGAUGAAGUCAUUUGAAUAUAUUCUAAUGGCAACAUUUUGGUUCAAAGUUCUCCAGUGUAUUGACGAUGUUAACAAGGUGUUACAGUAUGCAGAUAUUUCCAUCGCUGAUGGAGUUAAGCAUCUUUCGUCAUUACAAAAUGAUGUACAAAAUCUUAGAGAUUCGUGGGAAAGCGUUCUGGAAGAGGCAAAACUAGUUUCUUCUUCGUUGGGGCAAAGGACCACUUUAAAAGAAAAACGAUCGCGCACAAUGACGGCUGAAGAAAGCUUCAAAAUAAAUAUCUACUACAAAGCGUUGGAUAGUCUUUUGGUACAGCUUUCAGAAAGAUAUAAAGUCAUUGAUACGGUUGCACGCCGUUUUGAUGUAAUCGUCAAUCCCCCCACUGACCCGAAUACAGAAGUUAUCCAGGAACAAGCACAAUGCCUUGCAUAUAGUUAUCCCAAUGAUAUUGUCAAGGAUGACCUUGAGGAGGAGCUUCGCCAUUUCGUUAAAUUUUUCCAACUUUUGGGAACAUCAACAAAAAGAAAUCGAGCUUUAAGUAUUCUGAACCACAUUUAUGACAAGAAGCUUGAAUGCUUGUAUCCUCAGAUCUGUAUCUGUUUGAGAAUAUUCCUGUCUAUUCCAGUAUCAGUAGCGUCCGGAGAACGGUCAUUUAGCAAAUUGGCUCUAAUUAAGAACAGGCUACGGUCAACAAUGUCGCAAGAGAGGCUGAGCAGCCUCAUGUUACUCUCUAUAGAGCACAAAUUUGCAAGAACUCUUGAUUAUGAGGACUUAAUUAGCACAUUCGCUCGGGAAAAGGCAAGAAAAAAUCGUUUUAAUUGCUUUUUGGAAAAUAUGUCAAAAGUUGAACACAAUUGA